AUGGCCCACUGCCACGACCCGGAGGGAUGGAGAGUUGUCUCGCAUCUCCGCGACUUCGACACGACGCCAUGCUUUGAGGAAGGAAUCGUUCUUUCAGGCCUAUUGACGGGAGUAUUGGUCCUGAGUUUGUUGCGAAGUCUUGAGCUAGGAUUUCUAGCAUUCGACGCGGAAAGGAAUACGCCAAAGAGCUUGUGGAUUCUAAAAGGGAAGGUGGCUCUACUUGUCGCAGGGACGGCAGUCAGCGCGGCGAACAUUAUACAAAUAUUGCUGCAAAAACUCAGUGUCCCGGUCUUGCAGUACUAUGCUCUCGAGCCGAUUGCGCUUCUCGUCAUUGCGAUAUUCACUUGGUUUAACCACACUCGAACUCGUCGAUCUUCGUCUAUUCUCUUAUUGUUCUGGCCACUUUACACCGCCGCUCAAGUCGUUUGGACACGAACACUGUGGCUUUCGGGCGACCUGGACUAUUUGGGCACCCUGUUCACAUUAAAAUGGAUCACUGUUGGACUUGGGUUAUGCGCAUUCGCACUAGAAUGUUUGGGCUCGGAGUUUGGGCUCAAACAAAUUCAUGACGCAGAGGGAGAUUUCUCAGAAAGCCCCCUCCUGACGGCUAAUAUCUAUAGUCGAUGGGCCUUUGGAUGGAUGACGCCGUUGAUGAAGAAAGGAUCAGAACAGUUCAUCACGGAAAAGGAUCUACCAUCACUACCCCCUGAUGACAGUGCGGCUGCUCUUGGCAACAAGCUUAGGGAUGCAAUGAAGCGCCAUUCUUCCCUUUGGAUCUCACUCUAUGUUGCAUAUGGCGGUCCAUAUGUUAUCGCUCUGACCUUGAAGCUAGCUCAAGAUUCGUUGGCGUUCAUGCAGCCCCAGUUGCUGCGAUUGCUCCUAGCAUAUAUCUCGUAUUAUCAAUCCAUACAACCGGAUCCUGGGUUUGGGCCUAGAGAAAGCCCUAUUCAAGGCUUCGCACUGGCUUUCCUGAUGUUCGCGGCGUCCAUGUUGCAAACCGUUACUCUAAAUCAGUACUUCCAACGUUGCUUCGAGACCGGUAUGCGUGUUCGCGCGGGUCUUGUGACGGUAAUAUAUGCGAAGGCACUGGUGCUUUCCAACGAGGAGCAGAGCAGAGCGACCGGAGACAUCGUCAACCUUAUGUCAGUCGACGCGACGCGGUUACAAGACCUAUGUACCUAUGGAUUGAUUGCUAUCUCGGGUCCUUUCCAGAUCGUUAUUGCCUUCGUAUCCUUGUAUCACUUGCUUGGAUGGGCUGCCUUCGUCGGUGUGGCAAUCAUGAUUAUCUCUGUCCCUCUCAACACCUUCAUUGCGAGAAUCUUGAAGAAGAUGCAGGAACAGCAGAUGAAAAACCGGGAUAAACGUACUCGAUUAAUGAGUGAACUCUUGAACAACAUCAAAAGCAUCAAACUAUAUGCAUGGGAGAACGCAUUCCUACGAAAGAUCCUUCUUGUGCGCAACGAACAAGAGCUUGAAAUGCUUAAGAAGAUCGGAAUAGCUAACUCCUUGAACACCACGCUUUGGGGAGGCAUUCCCCUGCUAGUCGCCUUCAGUUCCCUCGCCACUGCUGCUGUCACAUCGAGUAAGCCACUUACAGCCGACAUCAUUUUCCCGGCCAUGUCACUUUUCAUGUUGUUGCAAUUCCCGUUGGCGAUGUUUGCCCAAGUCACAUCAAAUAUCAUCGAAGCUAUUGUUUCAGUAAGGCGGUUAUCGGACUUCUUGAAGGCAGAGGAGCUCCAAGGCGACGCCCGCAAAAUCAUAGACGCGAGAAAUCUGAAAAUUGGAGAUGAAGUUUUGUCAAUCAAGAAGGCCGACUUCUGGUGGUCGAAAAAGGACGUCUCCCCAGCUCUAGAAGACAUCAACAUUACUGUAAAGAAGGGAGAGUUGAUGGGUGUUUUGGGCAGAGUAGGUGCCGGAAAGACGAGCCUUCUGUCUGCGAUAAUUGGAAACAUGACACGAAGCGAGGGUGAACUUGUUAUUUCUGGCAGCGUUUCGUAUGCUCCACAGAACCCUUGGAUUUUAUCGGCAACCGUGCGCGAAAACAUCAUAUUCUCUCACGAAUACGACGAAACCUUCUAUAAUUUAGUCAUUGAAGCCUGCGCUCUUACACCUGACCUGGCGCUUCUCCCCGAAGGUGACAUGACCGAAGUCGGAGAAAAGGGAAUUACGUUAAGUGGUGGUCAGCGAGCGCGUGUAUCACUGGCCCGCGCGGUUUAUGCCCGAGCUGAUCUAAUUCUCUUGGAUGAUGUUCUCGCCGCGGUAGACUCUCAUGUCGCUCGUCAUGUAUUUGAUCGGGUCAUUGGGCCUGAGGGUUUGCUCUCAACGAAGGCUCGCAUUCUGGUCACCAACAGUAUAGCAUUUUUGCGACACUUCGAUCAGUUGGCGUUCCUCCGACGAGGAAUCAUUCUGGAGUCCGGGAACCCUAGAUCGUUGAUUGCGGACCCAGAGACUGAGAUAGGAAAGCUGGUUCGAGGGCACGGAACUCUGUCAAGCAACAACUCCUCUGGUGCCUCUACCCCCUUCACGAGCGGUAGUGGUAGCACUACUCCCAAGGAAGCAGUAUCACCUACUGGGUCCAACCUUGACUUCGAUGAAUACGGUAGCCUAUCCGAGAAACUGCGACAUCGCACUAGCUUCACCAAAGCCAAGAUUGCGCCCCCACCUCCACCUAGGGCAUCUUCAGAUGGCAUCAGCAAAGAGCAUUCAGAGCAAGGACGCGUAAAGAGGGAGGUCUAUCUUCGCUACAUUGAAGCGGCUACGAAAAGUGGUUUCUUCCUUUAUGUUCUUGCCACCGUCUCUCAGCAAGCAUUAUCGGUUAUGGCCAAUCUGACGUUAAGGGAUUGGGGCGAACACAAUCGCGCCGUAGGUGGGAACACUGGCAUGUUGAAGUACCUGUUGUUCUACGGAGGAUUUUCAUUGUCCUCGACGCUCUUGGGAGGUGUCGCUGCUAUAACGAUGUGGGUCCUGUGUACCAUCAAGAGCGCGCGCCAGCUUCACGACUCAAUGCUCAACUCAGUGUUGCGUGCCCCUUUAAGCUUCUUUGAGCUGACGCCAACCGGACGCGUUCUCAACCUGUUCUCUCGUGACACAUACGUUGUGGAUCAACUGCUUGGCCGAGUGAUACAGAACUUGAUCCGGACACUUGCCGUAUGUUUUUCGAUCGUCGUCGUAAUUGGAGGUAGUUUCCCGCCUUUCUUGAUUGCCGUCAUUCCACUGGGAUGGUUCUAUACGAGAGUGAUGGCAUACUAUCUGGCUACUUCGCGAGAGUUGAAGCGUCUUGACGCUGUAUCGCGUUCCCCUAUCUUCGCCUGGUUCUCAGAGUCCCUAGCAGGCGCCGACACUAUUAGAGCUUACCGCCAGCAGAGUAUCUUCAUGGCAAACAACGAAAGGCGUAUCGACCGAAACCAACUUUGCUACCUCCCCAGUAUCUCCGUAAAUCGCUGGUUGGCCGUUCGACUUGAGUUCGUGGGGGCUUUGAUCAUCCUUGUGGCCGCUAUGUUGGCCAUGACGGCCCUAAUCACAACGGGUGUCGACGCUGGGUUAGUCGGAUUGGUCCUCUCGUACGCCGUGAACACGACGUCUUCUCUGAACUGGGUCGUCCGCUCCGCAAGUGAAGUCGAACAGAACAUUGUCAGCGUGGAACGGAUGGUUCACUAUAUAGAGCUACCCUCAGAGGGUGCCAUGGAAAUUCCAGAAACCAAGCCUACAGAAACCUGGCCUUCAGAAGGCGAGGUAGAGUUUAGGCUAUAUUCAACCCGAUACCGCCCCGAGCUUGACCCGGUUCUCAAGAACAUUUCGAUGACAAUUCGCCCGAAGGAGAAGUUGGGUAUAUGUGGUCGAACUGGGGCAGGAAAAUCAUCAUUGCUAUUGGCGCUGUUCCGAAUCAUCGAGCCCACUGAGGGAACUAUCCUUAUAGACGGUAUUGAUAUCACAAAGAUUGGGCUUCAUGACCUACGAUCGUCCAUUGCUAUUGUACCCCAAUCUCCUGACCUCUUUGAGGGCACGUUGAGAGAUAAUAUCGAUCCACUUAAUGAGUAUACAGACGCGGACAUAUGGCAAGCUUUGACUCAGUCACAUCUCAAGGAAUACGCCGAAGCUCAAUCAGAGAAGCUGGACGCCCCGGUAAGGGAAGGCGGCUUGUCGCUAUCAUCAGGUCAAAGACAGUUGUUGUGCUUCGCCCGUGCCCUCCUCCGUAAAGCUAAGAUUCUUGUCUUGGACGAAGCUACUUCCGCCGUCGACCUUGACACCGAUAGAGCCAUCCAAGAAAUCAUUAGAGGCCCUGCUUUUGCUGAUACUACUAUCUUCACUAUUGCGCAUCGUUUGAAUACAAUCAUGGAAUACGACCGUGUGCUCGUCCUCAGCAACGGACAGAUCUCUGAGUUGGAUACUCCUUCGAAGCUACUGGAAAAGAAGGACUCGCUGUUCUACUCCUUGGCCGCAGAGGCUGGAUUGGCAUAG